AUGGAGCAUCAUCAAUCUAGUGUUGAAAAGUUUGAGAAAUUUAUAUGGAAGGUUGAAAACUUCUCUCAUUUGAAAAGCUAUGUGAUUUACUCGGAGCCUUUUGUGUUAGGUGGCUAUCCAUGGAGGAUUAUUCUGUAUCCAAAGGGGGAGGUAGAAGCAGAGGAAUCCUUAUCAAUAUAUUUGGAGGCUGUGAAAACUGAUAAUAUGUCUGAGGGAUGGAGUAGAGAUGUCAAAUAUAAGUUUCAUAUUUUCAACCAGUUCGAUGCCAACAUGACAACCACAAAAGAAUCUAUGAUCGAGUUCAAGGCAUAUGAUGAUCAAUGGGGUUGCUCUUCUUUCAUGCCAUUAGUUGAUAAGCUUCUUGACCUUAAAAAGGGGUUUAUUGUGAAUGAUGUAUGUAUGGUCGGUGUAGAAAUUUUUGUUCGUAAGUCAACACAAGAGAAACAAGUAAACCGAUCUGUAACUUUAACAUUUGAAAGUCUAGCUGGGCCUAUUGAAGUUGAAACCCUUGUGCCAAAGAUUGAAGAUCCAUGCCCAAAUUUAAAAACUCUUUCACCAGAUUGCCAUGAACCUACUAUAGAUCCUGAUACAGAGUUAUUUACUGCACUGGGGAGAGUUCUUUAUUUUCUUAAGACUAGAAAAGUGAAAGAUAUGAAUGAGAAAACUUGUAAAGAACUUCAAGUUUUAUGGGAUGAACUUAAGAAAUUUAAAUUUGAUCUUACAUGGCUAGAGCCACAAGUCCAAUCUGCCUUGGGAAUACAUAGAGUUUUGGAGAAAGCUAUGGAAGUAGAAAAGAUGAAGGAGAAUGUUGUAGUUCUAGAGCUGGAAACAGAGAAGCUAAAGACAAAGUUGAGUGCUGCUGAGGUAAAUCUUGAGGUAGAAAGAGACUUGUGGAAAGCGAAAGGCAUCAAAGAAAUAGAUUUUGAUUCUGAAUUGGGACCAUAGAUCUCUAGUUAAAAUUUGUAUGAUUUCAAUGUCUUCAACAAUCUAUCUUUUAUUUAUG